CUUGGAGACCUGAAGUCCCAUGAUUUGUUCCCACUCAGAUCAUUUGAUCCUGGAGACUUAGCCUCAGGGGCCCCAGGGCCCAUGGAUCAUUUUUAGUCUGUAUGGGAGUGAGGUCUUUGCUUUAUCCUGAAGCUUGUCUUCUAGAAAAUGUAUCAUGGGGAAAAGCAAAAAUCCGGGAGGCAGACCCAGGAAACACGGGCUGCCAAGGGUCAAGCUUGUGUUCUUGAUUCUUAGCCUGAACCCCCACAGGCCAGUCUGUGGGUAGAAACUGCCUGCCCUGUCCAGAGUACACUUGGCUCCUGCUUCUUAGCCUGGCUCAGCGGUUGAGACCAUGUGAAAGAGCUGGGCAGGACUCCAGCCUUCCACACGUGGCGUUCUUGGGCCUAUGUUGGCUCUACCCCAUUCUGUGGGAGAAAAUCCUUGGCUCUCCUGGAUGUAAAAAUUCCUUUUGUAGUUGGAGCUCGAGUCGGAAAAGCCUGUUGCCAGCACCUUCGAAGGGACUAGAUUCCUUUGGGUCUUCCCAGCAGAGUCCAGCCUGACGUCAAGACCCCAAUGGCUAACGAAGCUAACCCUUGCCCAUGUGACAUUGGUCACAGGCUAGACUAUGGUGGCAUGGGCCAGGAAGUUCAGGUUGAGCACAUCAAGGCAUAUGUCACCCGGUCCCCUGUGGAUGCAGGCAAAGCUGUGAUUGUUGUCCAGGAUAUAUUUGGCUGGCAGCUGUCCAACACCAGGUAUAUGGCUGACAUGAUUGCCGGAAAUGGAUACACAACUAUUGUCCCAGACUUCUUUGUGGGUCAAGAGCCAUGGGACCCGGCUGGUGAUUGGUCCACCUUCCCUGAGUGGUUGAAAUCAAAAAAUGCCAGAAAAAUCAACCGAGAGAUUGAUGCUGUCUUGAGGUAUCUGAAACAACAGUGUCAUGCCCAGAAGAUUGGCAUUGUGGGCUUCUGCUGGGGGGGUAUUGUGGUGCACCACGUGAUGACGACAUAUCCAGAAGUCAGAGCGGGGGUGUCUGUCUAUGGUAUCAUCAGAGAUUCUGAAGAUGUUUAUAAUUUGAAGAACCCAACGUUGUUUAUCUUUGCAGAAAAUGAUGCUGUGAUUCCACUUGAGCAGGUUUCUAUACUGAUCCAGAAGCUUAAAGAACACUGCAUAGUUAAUUACCAAGUUAAAACAUUUUCUGGGCAAACUCAUGGCUUUGUGCAUCGGAAGAGAGAAGACUGCUCCCCUGCAGACAAACCCUACAUUGAGGAAGCGAGGAGGAAUCUCAUCGAAUGGCUGAACAAGUAUAUUUAACAGCACAAGCACAAAUUUUGAAUAAUUAAAUUGAUCCGAAUAAUUAACCGUCUCCUAAAAUUCUCCUGAAACAUACAGUAGGAACUAAAUGAUCAAUAUCUGUAAGAUUUAAAUGAUAGCAUAACUAAUUAUUAGGGGAACCUGUGGCCAUUCAGGGACCAGCUAGAUUCUCAGAUAUGGCCUUACCUUGGUAAUUUGUUAACAUGUACAAACCCAGGAAGAUCUUGAGUUGUCUCUAUGUGUAUUCAAUCUCCCCUAGUGAAGUUCAAUUCUGCACUUUAGUGUAAGCAGUGUUGACAUUCAGUUCUCACCACUCUAACUAUUCAACCUAAUAAAGUGAUUUUUAAAACUUG